AGCACGGGCGUCAGCGGUGCGUUUGCCCUGCGAGGCGUGGCCCGGCGGAGUCGGGCCUGCUUGCUCCGUCCGACGCCGGCGCCAUGGAGGAGUACGCUCGGGAGCCUUGCCCAUGGCGAAUUGUGGACGAUUGCGGGGGCGCCUUCACCAUGGGUGUCAUCGGCGGUGGAGUGUUCCAAGCCAUCAAGGGCUUCCGCAAUGCUCCAGUUGGAAUGCGCCACCGGCUGAGGGGCAGCGUCAAUGCUGUGAGGAUCCGAGCCCCGCAAAUUGGAGGUAGCUUCGCGGUGUGGGGUGGUCUGUUCUCCACCAUCGACUGUGGCCUGGUGCGCCUGCGGGGCCAAGAGGACCCCUGGAACUCCAUCACCAGCGGAGCACUGACUGGGGCCGUGCUGGCUGCCCGCAGCGGCCCCUUGGCCAUGGUGGGCUCGGCAAUGAUGGGAGGCAUUCUCCUGGCUCUCAUCGAAGGGGUCGGCAUCCUCCUCACUCGCUACACCGCCCAGCAGUUCCGCAACGCACCCCCGUUCCUGGAAGACCCCAGCCAACUGGCCUCUAAGGAGGGUACCCCGGCCCCAGGCUAUCCCAACUAUCAAUAAUACCAGUGAAGCAGCGACCACCGCCACCCCCGUCACCACCACCACCACCACCACCGUGGGGGCUGCUCGCCGGUUCCCUCCCCAGCAAUCUACCUCGGCGGGAGGGCUGGCUCCCACUUUACCCCAGGACUCUCCAGAGAGGGUCUGCUCUGCUCCCUUGUCCCAGGGUGGGGGUGGGGUCUCCCAGCUGCCCUGACAGAUGGGUCCCCCUUUUUUUCUCUCUCAGGGCACCCCAGCCCCACACACAUGUGGUCAAGCCCUCUAUUACAGCUCCUUUCGGUGGCCCCUCCUGACAAAUAUUUAAAGCCACUUUGGAAAUGC